AGAAAAAGUAAUUAUUAUAAAUUCAUAUGUUUAUAAUCUAAUAUAUCUCAAAGCCAAAAAUUAUAUCUAUAAAUCACGUUCUUAAUUUAAAUAAAAGAGAAUACGAACAUAUUCAACCCUUUAUUUGGAAAAAAAGAUUUAAAGGCCCAAAAAACACUAAACAGAAAGCAGUUAGAGAUGCUCUUUUACAUGCCUGGAAGGGUUAUAAGUUGUAUUCAUGGAAAUAUGAUGAAUUAAAGCCAAUAUCAAAAGCAGGCUCCAACUGGUUUGGUAUGGGAAUUAGUUUGAUUGAUUCUUUAGACACAUUUAUUAUAAUGGGAUUAUAUGAUGAAUUUGAGGGAGCUAAAUAUGAAAUACAAAAUUUAAAUUUUACUGAAAAUAAUAGAUAUAUAAAUUUAUUUGAAAUUACUAUCAGACUACUAGGAGGCUUACUUAGUUCAUACCAUUUAUCUAAUCACAGAUAUAAUUCAUUAUUAGAUAAAGCAAAAGAAUUAGGUGAUGGUUUGAUUCUUGCAUUCACUCAAAGUCCAUCAGGAAUACCAUUUUCUGAUGUUAACUUAAAGACAAAAGUGGCUUCAUCAGUGGGUUCUUUAGAGAGCACAACUUCAGAAGUAGCAACUCUUCAAUUAGAAUUUGCCGAUUUAUCAAGAACUACUCAAAAUCUUUUAUAUAUGAACUACUCUGACAACGUGUUCCGCUUAUUACAUAAGAUCGUAUCUUCUCCACGUUCAAAAUUCAGCCCCAUUAGAGGCCUGGUUCCGAUUUUCAUAUCCCCUUAUACGGGCUUCCUGAACGAAGGGGCUAAAAUUAGCUUAGGAGCUAGAGGAGACUCGUACUAUGAAUACUUGAUAAAAAGAUGCGUACAAGAGUGUCAUGCCAUUGGUCUGUGCAAAGUUUCCAGGUUCUUAAGCAAAAAGGACACAAAAAGCCAUGUUUUGGGAAUGCCCCGAAAUCUUUCGGAGCAAGAUGUCUUUCGUAAUCCAUCAUUUUAUGACUUUGCCUCGAAAGAAGAAAGUCAUACGAGUAAUUACGACUUUGUGUUUAACUUGCUUUCCGAUUACCUGAUAGCCGUGGAAUCGAUGCAUAAAAAUUUGGUCAAAAAGGUGACCUACACUCUCGAUAAAUCGUCAGACAAUGUCAUUGCUAACGAUGCUGAAGCGCGCGAAUAUCUUUACGUUAACGAACUGGAAGGUACAAGAUUAGAACCUAAAAUGGAUCAUCUAGUGUGUUUCUUACCCGCUACGCUCGCAUACGGGCUGAUCCAUUACACUCAAUUGAUAUCCUUAUUUCCCCAAUUCAAUAACUCCUUAAAUCUCACGAUUGGCGAUGUAUACUGGAACACCUCCCUUCAUUUAGAAUUGGCUAUUGAGCUCACAAAUACUUGUUACGCUAUGUACGAAUUCAUGCCAACUGGCCUUGCUCCUGAAAUAGUACACUUUGAAAGCGCUUCCCCCAAUUUCAUUAAAAGAGGUCCCUUUUACGUUAAAUAUUCUGAUACUCAUAAUUUAUUGAGGCCAGAGACCAUUGAAAGCUUGUGGUAUAUGUAUGAGUUGACCCAAAAUCCAAUAUACCAGGAAUGGGGUUGGCGGAUAUUUCUCUCUUUCGAAAAAUACACCAAAAUACCUAGCGGUGGUUAUAGCAGUAUUAACAACGUCAUGGAUACCGAUAUACCAGAUUUUAAUAGUCAGUUUACUUCAGGGCGAUUCAAUGAACGCUUACAUAUAUACUACAAAGAUAAAAUGGAGUCAUUUUUUAUGUCUGAAACACUCAAAUAUUUUUACUUGCUUUUUCACGAUGAUCAAAAUGGCACGCUCAGUGAAAGCUUGAUUCCUCUGGAUAGAUAUGUAUUUAAUACUGAGGCACAUCCUUUACCUUUGGGUGGAAGCCUUUAAAAUUUAAAAUAAAACAUAAAAUAUUUUACUUAUUGAAAUAAUCAAAUUCGCGUAUAUUUUUUUUAACUUUAUUUUAUAUUUAUUUAUAUAUCAUAAAUUAUCCACAUUAAA